UCUGUAGUUGAAGUAUAAAAAUGCCAACGACCACUCAACUCAGAGCACAGCAAAAUCACCAUAAGCAUCGCUUCAACCAUCAUCAUCAUCAUUCUUCUUCUUCUUCUUCUUGUCUGAAGCGAACAUGACGAAUCUGAAAUCUCUGAGGACUAUCAUCUUCAUUGUCACUACAAUCUUCAUAGUAUCACCCAGCAGCUGCAGCAGAGCCGGCAAGAUUCACCCACACGGCAAAACCCUAAUUGAGACCACCUGCAAGAAUACUCCUAAUUAUAAUCUCUGCGUUCAAUCCCUAAAAUCCGAUCCCGCCAGCUCCGUCGCCGACGUCGCAGGGCUAGGUCUGAUAAUGGUGAAAGUUACGGCGGCAAAAGCGAAGGCUGCGAGUAACAGAAUCAACCAGCUGCUUCACAGGGGGCGUGUGGGAGCGAAGCAGGAGAAGGCAUUGAGAUCGUGUGCUGAGAUGUACAAAGUGGUUGUGGAGAACGACGUGCCGGAAGCCAUUGAAGCUCUGAAGAAAGGAGACCCAAAGUUCGGUGAAGAUGGUGUCAGAGAUGCGCAAGACGAAGCUACGUAUUGUGAGGAAGAGUUCUCCGGCGUGAAAUCGCCGCUUACACGAGAAAAUAAUGCUGUACGAAAUGCCGCGGCUGUGACCGUUGCUAUUGUUAGACAGUUACUUUGAUAAUCGAAAUGGUUUAAUAUAGGACUAGUUUGGAAUGUCUUAUACUAAUCGGCAGUAAAUAUAA